AUGGCUCAUUAUCACCCACGAGAACAAUCGGGCCCACAAUCCGAGGAUACUGUUAGUCACGCCUCCGCCUGUGUGAACGAGAUAGGCGUGGCCGAGCUAGUCCGCUCUCGAGGGAUGCAAGGCGGGCCACCACAUAUCCCCAAGCUGACGGCAAAAUUCUCCCAAGCAGUACGCGACAUAGCUUCCGAGCUGAAGGUCGACGGCCGCGAUGUCCGGCUUCUCGACCUCCAGAAGGCUAUCUUGGAGCAAGCUCAGACAUCUGCAACUCCGGGUGCACUUCAAACGCUGGUGCCAGAUGGCCUGCACUUGGGCCGUAAUGCACUGUUGCGUGCGUCCGAUGAAGUGACUAUGGGCGGCGAAGACGUCUGCCGAUUCUGGAAGACAGCAAAAGAUCUCAUUACCGCGAUAUGCAUCCACUUGAAUAUCGGCGACAAUGCAAAGCUCUAUUUCCAUAGCGAGAUAGUUAUGCACGACCCAACUUUACCACCUUCGAAGACACGCCUGGGUCGUAGGAUCGCAGAGAAGUCGGACUGCCCGACUCUCUUCGAUCCCAUGCUAGACUGUGCCAUCGGAAUGUGCGACAUUCACAAUCCCGUGAAAAGAAAGCUCACGCAGCACAACCAGUGUUGGCUCUGUUACGACGGGCGCAUGGCCGUGAAGCUCCGGAACCACCCCGACCUGCAAGACCACUUGGCAGAGUCGCCGAUCGGCCCGGACGGCCAGGUCAUAAAGAACAUCAGAGCAAAAUCCCCCGCGGCGCGCCAUGUUCCUAGCAUUGUCAGUGCCGUGGCUCAUUUCAACGUAGAAGGCAUAUUCCUUACCAAGCAGAGAAGACGCGCACUUAGCGACGCAGAAGACGACGACGAUCACCCCAUCGCUGUCAAUGGCGACGAACCAAGCGCUGCGCCAUUGCCGCCCGCUCCGGGAACAGCUAAUAACGUUGUCCGGCGCCGGCACCAGGACACCACUUCAAACCAGACUGAUUGCGCACUUGGCAACCAGUACGACGGUCAUGCAAGUGCACACGGCGGAGACAUGCGUGGAGGCAACGGUCUCAGUGGAGUGCCUGGGCAGGCUCAAUUGGCUGCUCCUGCGACAGUUGGUCACGUAGUAAAGGAUUGGGUUAUCCAAACCCCACCCUCUCUGGGUGGAGGCCACUUCGGUCGAUUUUGA